UAUGGUUGUUUCACUGAAAAUGAUAUCUGUAUCAUCAUUGCGGUCCGGUAUUGAUAGGACAGUAGUCGUCGCCUUAAUGUGGCGUAAGCCUCUCACGAAAAGAAGCUAAUUAAAGAAUUUUAAGAGAUCGAUGUGUUCGCCAAUAUAACAUAGCAUUUCUUGCGCAGUUUUAUUUUGCUGGUUGUUUUGCAUAGCGUCCGAAAUGUGUUCUUUAUGGGAUUACCUGUCGAGAUUUUUGUAGGCCAUAGAGACAGACACAAAGGAAAAGCGAGAACUGAUAAGAAUUUUCGGGGCACACUUGGUUAAGUAUAUUGAUAUAAACAAAGUCUGUCUAAUCCAGAUCUAGUUAACUGAAUUGUAUUUAGUUUGUCGGUGUCUACCCCGUUUCGAACAUGAUAGAAGAUAUGAAAUAAAAGCACGUAAAAUGCCUCGUUCAACUUUGGAUUUUAAAAUUAGAAUGACUUCAGUUGGUCGGGGCCGUGGAAGAGUGGCGUAUACCGCCCCACUGCGACGUCCUGGCCAGCCUGCUAAUGCACCAGACUAUGUUCAGACUAUGAACGCACUAAUGUCAGAUGUGGACUAUGCGGAAACCAUGCUGGAUUAUGUGGAAAAGCAAGUGAUUGCAGCAUGCUCAUCCGUUACUGCAACUGAAGAGGUUGUGGACACUAUAUACAACAUUAGCAUACGAGACCGUAACUUUGGAAGAGUUGGCGGAGCUGUUCUGGCCAGGCUAACAGGGACGGAACUGGAAGGCUUCAGAAAGACUGUGCUGAACAGGUUGCAGUCUGACUAUGAAGAUCGGGAGAAGAUGUUGGCAGCAGACGGUGGAGCCAAGUUGAUGAACUUUGUGUGCCUGCUGGGUGACCUGUACCACAAGGUGGUGCUGAGGAAUGGGCUGCCGCUCCGAGUCCUGGCUGCCCCGCUGGCGACCUGCCUCGGCAUGGUGCUUGGGCGCAGCGCUUCCAAGAUUGAGAUCUUCACGCAGCAGAUGGUGAUGAAUGGAGAGAAACUGCAGCUACAUGCAUCAGACGAUAUAGCUCAGCUAAUGAUCCGCGCACGGGAACUGCUGAUGGGACAGCCCCCACUAGAAAACAGCAGUGCCUGGUACAUACUUCUCUGCAUCGACCUGGAGGCUCGCAAAUAUACGGCUCUCCCGGACCACUUGCUGUCACUCUACGAGUCCAAUAUAGCAUCUAAGCAAAUUAUCUCACUUCUCAAGAAGCUUAAAUCUGAUUCGUAGUAUACAUUUAUUUUGUUGAACAAAAUUUGUGCGCUGUGAAUAUAGUGUUUAAUGUACACCACAGGGAAACACUGAGGAGCCUAUAGCAGUGUGUGCUAUACACCCUGUAGGAUUAGAGGUAAUAGUACUUCUUUGGAUUGUCAAAGAAGGCUGUUCUUGUUGUGACUGAAAUAUUGUUGGCAGCUGCAACGAGUUGCUGAGUAUUGUAUUAUUUUUAUAAUGUAUUUAUUCUAUAUCUCAAGUACUGAAUGGUAUUUGAAAAACAAAGUAUUGUAGCCUGUAUGAUAUUUGCAUUCUGUUUGUUGCCAAGAAUAUUGUCAGGUACUUGUAUCAGUCUGUAAUUUGCAGUGGAAGCUGACUCCAAUAAGAGGUAGAAACAUACGACAGAUUGAAAUAAUUAAUGAGUAUGUUGUCAGCAGACAGACACCAUGACCAUGCAAUUCAUAGAGAAAGUUCUAAAUUUUUAUUUCUAGGAUAUGCCCCUGAGAGACUGAGCUAUCAGAAAAAUUACGUGAAACAAAUACACAAACAACAACAACCACUAACAGUACCGAAUGCAUGUAAGACGGAAGCUAAAUCUUUAAUCACAUAAGAUUACAACAGAAACUCUCACAGGCAUUGUUAUCUGAAUAUUGGUGACAAUGGUUUUCACUGCAUUAAUCUUGAUCAAUAUCAACAAAAAAUAAACAUGUCAGUCACACAGAUGAACAAUUAUAACUAGGUUGGAAUUACAAAAGACCAAUUAGAGAAAUUAACAGUAUGCAUCAUGGAUGUGGAAAUGAAUCUGUUAUUUUGUUUCUUGGUACUGAACACAUUGCAAUGCUUUCAGCUUACACUUACUGCAAAAUUCUUACCGAAGUGGUGGACUUCAGCCGUUUCCUCCAAUAUUUGUUGUCUCUAGCUUGACAAACUUCUACAGAGCAACACUCUUCUUGUGUUUAUGAUACAAGUAGUCACAUCCUAUUAUCUAUGCAUGCAGAAUGGUAAGUCAUUAUUUUGGGCAGUGGCAAAUGAUCAUUUGAAGCAGGAAGAUUGUGUUAUGAAUACAAAUAUUCUAAAUGGUUUUCAGGAUUUCAUGUGCACCCCCCUGCCCUCAGUAAAGUGCAUUUUUUGUUUUGUAUAUCCUCUUUCUUCAAACAUCUGUGCUCCAAAUAUAUUUGCUACCAUGGUGAGUUUGUAGCUGAGCCACACAUUUCACAUUGGUUUGCAGAGUAUGGACAUGGAUAUCAACCUUUAUUUAUUUAUUUACUUUUUUGCACAACUACUGUAUGAAUGCAAAUGUAACAGGUCACCAUUUCACUGCGUAGGUGGUCACUAAAAAUGUGAAAACACAGUGUGUAUUUACGCGUACAAAGAAUGACUCAUACUUCUAGCAUUUUACCCAAGUGUGGGUUGCGGGAGAGGGGGGGGGGGGGGCAGGACUCCUCAGCAGUACUUUCCCUAACUGGUGCAUUGGUUGUGGCAUUACCAUUACCUGCCACCUGGAUCUCCUACUUAUUUUUCUCUUUAUGGGAUCAGGUGAACGUUUAAAUCCACAAAGGAAAUGAUAUAUAGGAGAUAAACUGAUACGUUGCAUCACAGACAUGACUGUACUCUUAUCUCAGUACAGAGAUGCAUUGCACAAAAUGCAAUGAAAGCCACAGUGGAUUCCAUAAAAACUUAGCUUGAACAGUAGAAAACCUGUAACCUGAAAAAUAAUCAAUUACAACAAACACAAAUAAAAAAAUAAAACAAUUGCAUAAUGAUAAGUGUUUUCUGAGGACUAAUCUGAUUCAGAGCAUAUGCCUAUAAGGAUAUUUUUGCUUCAAAUUACCAUUUUUAUCAGCUCCCAGAAUACUGACCUAUCCUUAUGGGAUACUUUGUUGUUGCCUCCUUGUAAGUGGCAACAAUGCUGUGUAUUCGGAACAUGUGGUAACUCUUAAGGUUUGGAAACACAUCUGGUCAUGUGUAUGCCACACACAAAUGAAUACCAUGUGUUUGUGAACUGGCAGCUAGGAGUGUGUUAGAAAGUGUUCCUGGUCUUUCUCUGAGGAGGAAGGAAUUUAUUGAAAUUUAACAGUAAGAAUAUUACUUCUCCAUGGCAGAACACUGGUAAGACAUAUCAUCUGGUUGGAGCUAGAGAGAUUCUGGCUUAUUUGGUCAUUAUUAAUUAACCUGUCAGUCAGUGAUUGAUGUAACAGUCAGCUUGUGUUGUUAAACACCCAUUACUGGUAAAUCUGGGGACUAAUUUGAAGUAUACCUCUAUGAUAUACUUCUGAAUUCUUAUUGUGUGUGUAAUAAAACUACUUACAUUUACAAAUAACUUAAUAACUACCCCCUUAUCUUUUGAAGACCAUUACAGCAGACUUGUGUGCCAUAUUUAGUGAAUUUUCUCAGCUGCAGUUUUAUCACAAGAGUAAACUACAUCACAACAACUCGUGAAAUGACCCGCAUAUCUUUAUAUCUGAAGUGAAAUGAUCUGUCCAGUUAAUGGACUUAAAACAUAAAACAGAUGAAAUACAAGUCAUAUAAUAGUAUGGCUGGUUCCUAUUAACAGAACCGCAGCUGCCUGUUUUAAAUGCAACUUUUAAAUUAUAAAGGCAUAUAACCAACAUCAGACUUUUACACUAAUACAUACAUGAUAACAUCAUUAAAUUAACAGCGAGCAAUGAGUUAAUAUAACUAAUUAAUGAGUGAUUGUUCUUGUCAGGUGCCUUGGUUACUGAAGUGUUAAACAUAAUUAUCAAGUUGUUGAAUCAUGUGUGAAACAUUGUAUUCUGAAAACAUAUUUUGAUGGUGGUGUUCUGAUGCUUCUGUGAGAUUGUAAGGGCUAGACAGUGAUCUGUUCAGAUGUUAUAAUUCUGUUGUUUUGUUUAUGACUUGUUGUAAUGUUGAAUGUUGUAUUUAUUGAAAGAGGAGAAGUAAUUAUUGUUAGAAUAAUUUGAAUAAUUGCUGUGGCAUUUUGUAGUUUCUUUUGGGGGUUAAUAAGAUGGGCCAUUGAAUUACUUCACUCAACUGCUUUGCAGAAAACAUUGCAUCAUUCCAGAAAUACUUUCCCACCUCUGCAAAGUGUGUGGAAAAAUCGAAGCAGCCAUCCAGUUACUCAAAAUAAUUUAUUUAUUUCUCAGAGGUCGUGCCACUAAAGAUUCACGACUUAACUACAUCAAAAUAGUCAUUUUUCUGCUCAUUCUUGAGUGUCAUAAAUAGUGUGAUCAUUCUUUUGUAACUGAUUGGUGUCUAAUUGUAUAUGACUUUGUACUGUUGACUGUGUUAGUUAUGCAAGACAUUUGUGGCCUCCAUUGUUUUUAUGGUAUGCUUUUAAGUGUUAUUUGUACUAUUAUUAAACUUUUACAACUAUUUUUCAUGUCUUAAAUCUAUUCUUAUCAAUUUUUUUUAAAAAUUAUGAUGUUCUGAUUAUCCUCAAGACAACUUAACUUUCCAGUUUGAAUGUAGAUUACAGUAUACACUAAAUUACUUCACUAUAUAUGCUGGAGAAGGACAAUCAUGAAAUAUUUUUUGCUUGGUGUGUAGAAUGUCUACAUAGAAGUUUCUCACAAAGAUAGAAAUAAAGCAAAGGAAUGUGAUAGUUUAAAAUCCUGAAGGAGAGGGGUACCAUGAAAUCUUAACAAAAGAAACAAAAAAAAAGGCCACUCCCUGUAUAAUGCAGUGUUGAGCUAUAGUAGGCACAUAAAUAAGUUGAUCAUAUUUCCAAAUUUAUGUUGUUGAAUUGGGAGUGGGUAAUACUUAAAAGCACAAGAUUCACUGCGUUUCGCUCAGAAAAAUUCACUUGUGCUUAUGGCAGUAGCAAUAUUCGUCAUUAAUUACUGCUGAGGUUAGCUUCAGUUUUUGGCUGUAACGUUUCAGAGUUGGUUAUCUUUAUUUUCAUCAAGGUAUGUACCAUAGUGGUGCAUAGUAAUAAAAUAAAGGCAGUGUGUGCUGACAACUGAGUGCAGCUAUAGUUAUGUCUUAGCGCUAGGAAACUGUGUAAAAGAAAGAGCGCCUAUGAAACGUAAAUUAUGUGAAUGACUGGUGUAAAUUAUUGUAAAAUAAGAUAAAUAUUUUUCAGUCUUUGCUAUCCAGUAGUGACACAUCAUGCAAGAUGAACAAUGGACCCAAUAAACAUAUUUUCCAAGUAA